AAUAGAGUUUGAGAUGUAUAUAGAUGAUGCUCAUAAUGUCAUAUCUGUCCGUUUUAUGAUUGCAGAAAUCAGUAUGGCGACAUCACUCAUUAGGUCACUUCCUCUGAUCUUCGUGAUCAUGACUGCGGGGGUUGAUGGUCUGCAGGAUUGGGGAGUGAAUUACAGUCCUUCAUAUGUUUGUGCAUUAAAGGGAUCAACAGUGAAAAUAUCCUGUGUUUUAAAAUAUCCUAGUGGUUAUAAGAUUGAAACAGUCUUCUGGACCAAACCUGCUGUACCUGAUGGAGAACUACCAAACCUGUGUUUAGUUCCAGAAAACAGAGGAAGAGUUCAGUGUGACAGAGAAAAUAAUAACACUUACAGUAUCACUCUGACAAAUGUGACAGAAGCUGAUAAACACAUCUACUACUGCAGAUUCACUACAAACAGAGGAACAUGGACGGGGAUUCCUGGAGCUCAUCUGGACGUCACCGAUCUGCAGGUGGAGACACAGCAGAGUGUGAAAGAGAGAGAAUCAGUCACUCUGACAUGUAACAGCAGCUGCUCUCUGCCUCAACAAACAUUCAUCUGGUUCAGAAACACACAGAGAUUAACUACAGGAACCAUCACAGAGAAUCAGCUUCAGCUGCAGUCAGUCAGUCGUCAUGAUGCAGGAAACUAUCAGUGUGCUGUUUCAGGAUAUGAACGUCUGAUCUCUCCACCUGUUUAUCUUAAUAUUGAAUAUCCUCCACAGAGCGUCUCAGUGUCCAUCAGUCCAUCUGGUGUAAUAGUGGAGGGAGAUUCAGUGACUCUGAGCUGCAGCAGUGAUUCAAACCCUCCUGCUCUGAUCUUCAGCUGGUUUAAGGAGAAUCAAAUCUCAGCUGUUGGAUCUGGACAGAGUUUCAGUAUCUCCAGCUUUAACUCCAGUCACAGCGGACGCUUCUAUUGUGAGGCUCAGAAUAAACAUGGAUCUCAGAGAUCAGAAUCUGUUUCAGUCACUGUUAAAGGGACUCAGAGAGCUGCUCUACAAACAGUUACUGGGAUUGUGGCAGGAUUGAUCUUCAUCAUCAUCAUCAUCAUAAUCUUCAUCAUCAUCUUGUGUAGGAGUAGGAAGAGGCAGAGAGAAUGUGGAACUGAAGAUGUGAAUCAAAAGCAGACGGCUGACUCGAGUGAUGAUACAUACACAGCUCUGGAUCCAGUGUUCAGAACAUCUGCUGACAUUUACAGCACGAUCAGAUCUGGUGACUCCAGAGCUCCUGAUGACACCUACACGGCUCUCGAUCUUCAGUCCAGAUCGUCUGAUUAUGAGACUCUAGCAGUAACUUCAGCAGAUCCACAUUAAACUCUCCUCACAAUAUUACUGCUCAGAUUAAAAUACUGAUGCUCCAAGAAACUCAUAAAUACCAUAUUUUGAUGCUUAUUAUCAGUAAUUUUCUUAAAACUUCUUGAAGUAACAGUGUUUACUGUAAUCGAGCUUAUAACAGUUUGCAGAAGUGUUUUUUUUUAGUCUUUCCUACAGUAUAUUGUACAUUACACAUUUUCAUUACACUUGUGCUGCACUCGCAAAUAGGCUACAUUUUAACCUGUGUAUUUCUGUUUUUUAAAGUAACAUUGCAAUAAUGUAGUUUAGUAUGUCUUCACUGGAGGAUUGAAAGAUGAAUUAUGUUAUUUUCAAUCAGUGUUUUCUGGUUAAACUCUGGACAAUCUGUAACUGAUUGUAUUAAAGUUUCUAGCUGCUCUUAUAUCUGAGUGGAUUUUGUUCUACUGUAUCUUUAUUGAAGUAGCCUAAUAAAGUUUGGCA